AAUAAACGUCAUGCCCACUAAUCUAUUCUGCUGUUCCAACAGUGGAGAUUAUCGAGGCGUGUAAAGUUUGCAAACUUGAGAAAGUUAGUGGAAAUUCCUGUGCCAGGGGCGAUUUAUUGGAUUUUUUAAAAAGGGUUCCUGCAGAGCUGAACAAUAAUGCUGGCUGUGGGGAUAUAGACAGGAUUAUCUCCCCUUGCUGUAGUGAUAUAAGUCAGGAUUAGUCAUUGUAUCAACCUGCUGAGAGAUUACCUAUAACUGAUAAGGAUAUAAUCUCACAUUUUAACUUGCAAAAUGGAAGUGGUUCAUAUAGGAUUACUUGUGGUAGUUUUUGCAACUUUUCAAGGUGCAAUAAGCCAGAGCAGCCGUCAGCCUCAAUGUGAACAGGGCAGUUGUUACCCAGCAACAGGUGAUUUGUUGAUUGGACGAGAGGGUAAUCUCACGACAAAUUCCACGUGUGGUAUGGAUAGACAAGAGAGAUACUGUAUUGUCAGCCAUUUAGAUGAUGACAAAAAAUGUUUUCUAUGUGACUCGAGACAACCGUGGUCGCAACAGUAUAGUGACAGUCAUAGGAUUGAAAAUAUUGUUUCCUCUUUUCGCAAGAGAAAGUUUAAGUGGUGGCAGGCAGAAAAUGGUGUCCAGAGCGCUUACAUUCAAUUAGAUUUGGAGGCAGAAUUUCAUUUUACUCAUUUAAUUAUGACAUUUAAAACUUUCCGACCAAAAGCUAUGUAUGUUGAAAGGUCAUUUGAUUUUGGAAAUUCGUGGAAUGUGUACCGUUAUUUUGCAUAUGAUUGUGCAAGAUCUUUCCCAGGAAUUCCUACUGGUCCUGUUAGGAAAUUAUCGGAUGUAAUUUGUGAAUCAAGAUAUUCUGAUGUAGUACCAUCCACUGAGGGAGAGGUUUGUAUAUUUUGUGUCAUUUUUCAGCUAACAUAGUUUUUUAUAAAAAAA